AUGGUGGACGAUUCACACACCAGUUGCGGUGUAGUAUCAUGCACUGUUGACUCGCAGUUCUUGAGUAUUGAGGAAAGUUACUUACCAAGUUAUAAUCAUUUUUCAGUUACCUUUCGUAGGUGUCUUCCUGCUCCUGGGCCCGCUGUUGGGCUUGGUUUGGACGGAGACCGGGCUCGUCGAGGUCAAGACUUGGAAGCCGAGCCGAACAGGUUGCGCAUGACGCGUGAACGCAUGAGCCGGGGACGACUCCGUUCUUAUCGUAGCAAGACCCGCAAUGUGAGAAUUUACCAAGCCGCUGUCCGGUUGUGGGGUGCUGGGCUCCUUUGGAGCACAGCCUUACAAACUGCCACUGACGCCUUUGAUGAGGCUGAGGCUGACGACUGAGCUGUUUUUGAUGGCCCCUGCAAUUCGUUGCCUCGGAGUGUUGGUUGUUGUUGUUUGUUGUGAG